AGCUGUAGUCAUGAAUAGUGUUUAUUUUUGAUAGAUAUUUUAUCUUCGUUUAAUUUGAUUUCGUUGCGAGUAAUUUUCUUCUUCAUUUAGCUUUUUAAAAAACUAUUAGUUGUACUUAUUCAAAGAACACCUUUGGAAUAUGAAACAACAGAAUUAAAAUAAUUAUAAGGUAAUAGUUAAAGAAAUAUUUCAUUAUGUCACUUAAACCUAAACCAAUUAACUUUACGGAGAAAUGGAAUAGUCUUCAAGAAACUGUUAAGGGUGUGAUAACUUUAGAUCGUGUACCUAGAGAAGCUUGGAAUGAGCGGUUCAAUGAUGUAUAUUCAAUGUGUGUGGCAUUUCCAGAGCCUCUUGGGGAUCAACUUUAUGAUUCUACUAAGUUAUUUCUAGAAAAUCAUGUUCUUGAAUUACUUAGUAUCAUACAAACAGGUGGAACAGCUAAUCUUUUACAAAAUUAUUACACAUAUUGGCAAAAAUAUAGCAAAGGUGUAAAAUAUCUACAUUCUCUAUACCAAUAUUUAAACAAUCAACAUAUUAGAAAACAUAAAUUAUCUGAAGCUGAAGUUUUAUAUGGAAACAUAACACCUGAUGCUACUGAACAAAUGGAAGUCGGGGAGCUAGGACUUGAUGUAUGGAAACAUAAUAUGAUUGUACCUCUUAAAGAUAGUAUGCUUGGUCUAUUAUUAGAUGAGUUUGAUAAACAAAGACAAAAUAUUUCUACAACUACAUCAUUAGAUAUAAUAUCAGGAGUUAUUGAUUCGUUUGUUGUUGUUCAAGAAUUCAGAAAAAAACAUCCUUUAGAACUAUAUCAGAGUUAUUUUGAAAGACCAUUUUUAGAACAAAGUAGUGAACAUUUUAAACGUGAAGCUGCACGACUACUACAAGAGUGUUCAGUAUCAGAAUACAUGGUUAAGGUUUUACAAAUUUUAAAAGAAGAAGGAAUUAGAUCAAAAAAAUAUCUUCAUGACAGUACAUAUGGAAAAGUUCGAGAGCGAUGCCGUCAACAUAUGGUUGGUGACCAUUUAGCAUUUUUACAUGGUGAAUGUGAAUCAAUGGUAAAAGAAGAACAUCGAGAAGAUAUGCACAAUAUUUAUUUACUUCUACGAGAAGUCAAAGAUGGAAUGAUUAAAUUAGUAGAUAUAUUUCGAGAACAUAUUAAACAACAUGGGAUUAAAGUUAUUGAACUAUUAAAACCUGAGCAAAUUUAUGUUCAUUUUGUUGAAGAAGUUUUGGCUGUUCAUAAAAAGUAUAAAUCUAUGGUUAUUGAUGUAUUUGAAAAUGAUCUGUGUUUUAGUGGUGCUUUAGAUAAAGCAUUCACAGUUAUUAUCAACUAUAAACAAGUUAAAAACCAACCAUCUAAAUCUCCUGAAUAUUUAUCCAAGUAUUGUGACAACUUGUUAAAAAAAUCAUCUAAAGGCAUGUCAGAAUCUGAAAUUGAUGAUAAACUCUCACAAUCUAUUACAAUAUUCAAAUAUGUUGAUGAUAAAGAUGUAUUUCAACGAUUUUAUCAGAGACAUCUUGCAAAACGCUUAAUUCAUCAACAGAGUCAAUCUAUGGAUGGUGAAGAAGGCAUGAUUAACAAAUUAAAACAAGCAUGUGGCUAUGAAUUUACCAAUAAAUUACAUAGGAUGUUCACUGAUAUCAGAGUUUCUGAGGGAUUAAACACUAAAUUCCAUAAUGAAUUUCUACCAACUUCAGGAGGAGAAUUAAAUGUUACUUUUUCCAUGUAUGUUUUACAAACUGGAGCUUGGCCUUUGGGAUCUUCUCCAGUAUCAUCAUUUGUAAUUCCUGAACAAUUAAUACCUUGCAUGCAAUAUUUUGAAGAAUUUUACAAAAAAAAGUUCAAUGGCCGUAAAUUAACAUGGCUUCAUCAUCACUGUCAAGGAGAGUUAAAGUUAAAUUAUUUACAAAAAGUGUACAUGGUCACUAUGCAGACUUUUCAAAUGGCUAUUAUGUUGUUGUUUGAAAAUCAUAACUCCUUGAAAUAUUCUGAAAUUCAAGAAUUACUCCAGUUGUCUAAUGAUCAAUUUCAAAAGCACAUUAAUAGUUUAGUUGAGUGUAAACUUUUACUGAUUGAUGGUGAUAUAGUAACAUUAAAUACAUCAUACACUAAUAAACGUACAAAAUUACGUAUAACUGCUGCUCUUCAAAAAGAUACACCACAAGAAAUUGAACAAACGGUUAAUUCUGUAGAAGAUGAUAGAAAAACAUACCUGCAAGCUGCUAUUGUUCGGAUCAUGAAAGCACGUAAAGUUUUAAGACAUAAUCAAUUAGUGAAUGAAAUAUUAUCUCAAUCAAAGUCAUUUGCUCCAUCAAUUGCAUUAAUUAAAAAAUCUAUUGAAACGCUUAUUGAUAAAGGCUACCUAGAACGUACUCCUAAUUCAUCUGAUGGAUAUAGUUAUGUUGCAUAAAUUAUUUGAGAAAUAUAUGUAUAUUUUUAUAAAUUUUAUUUUUGUUUCUGUGUUUUUCAAAUAACCUAGAAUGGUUUUAUUUAAUGUAAAUAAUUAGAACUUAACUAAUUUAUAUUUUUUCAAUUUUUGUUCUUGUAUACUGUGUACCUAUAUUAACUAAAUAGAUAAUUUAGUAUAUCAUUUUUUAAACAAAUAAAAACAAUUUUAAUUGUACUAUGUUAUA